CUGGUAAUGAAAUGCAAAUAAAAAUCAAUACUUUGCAGAGAGAGAUGGCAAAAUUCUCACUUGAAGAUGGAGAAGGGUCAAGCUGUCCAAGGCCAAAAAGACAAAGACCCUCUUCUCCUUCUUCUCCUCCUCCUGAUUUUACCAUGGGAGAAAUUGUUCGCGAGGAUGAAGAAUCUGAAGAAGAUGAGGAAGAGGACGAUGUGGACACAAGUGAUGGAAGUGAAGAAGAAGAAGAUGAGGAGGAGGAGGAGGAGGAGGAGCAGGUGGAAGAAAUAGUUAGACCACCACCACCACCACCACCACCAAAACAACAACAACAACAACAACCACCACCGCGGCCGCAAGAAAAUAAUCAGAUAACAAUUGUGGGACUACAGCCACCACAACACAGAUUGUUUGAGGCUUCAGUCUUUCUAGGACAUACCCUUGCAGGGCCAAGCAGAAAUGGGGCUAUAUAUGCAACUUUAUCAGACCCAGAAGUUCUUGAUUGUCCCAUCUGCUGUGAACCCUUGACCAUUCCUGUUUUUCAGUGUGAUAAUGGACAUACAGCUUGCUCUUCAUGCUGCGGAAAACUUCAACACAAGUGUCCUUCUUGCACUAUGCCUAUUGGCUAUAACCGCUGUCGUGCCAUUGAGAAAGUUCUUGAAUCACUGAAAGUAUCAUGCUCCAAUAGGAGUUAUGGGUGUGAAGAAAGCAUUUGUUACAGUAAGAAAUACGAACAUGAUAAGAGUUGCACCCAUGCUCCAUGUACAUGCCCCCUGCCAGCUUGCAACUACCAGGGCUCAUCUAAGCGUUUGUACCUACAUUGUAGGACUAAACAUUUAUGUGACUUGACAUCUUUCCAAUUUAAUACCAGCUUCCCUCUUUUCUUUAUGGUUGAUCACAAAUUCCGUGUUCUUCAAGAAGAGAAAGAAGGUAUUUUAUUCAUUCUGACUAAUAGAUCGGAGUGUCUUGGAAAUGUGAUCACUGUUAGUUGUAUGGGGCCUUCUUCAUCAAAGCAAGGAUACUUUUAUGAACUCACAGCAAAAGCGGAGGGAAGCAAUGUCAGAUUCCAAUCUUCCACUAGAAAUAUCCAAACCAGAGUCGAUCACCCUCCAUCACUGGGGUUCCUUCUAGUCCCAAAUGAUUUCCUUGGUACCCAUGGGGGGAUCACCUUGGAUGUCUGCAUAUGGCGUCUUGGCUCAUAUCCUUCUGUAAGCUCUGCACUGGGCAGCUCUAUCCAAUGUAAGUGAAUAAAAAAGAACCAAAUUGCAACUUGUGAGUGGCCCUUUCGAAAUUGUAAAAGCAAAUGUGACUAGCCUGUUUCGUAGUUUCUAUAUCCUCGUUUAAUUUCUGAUUGAAUCUUUUUAUUAUGAUGAUAUUACUACAAUGAUAUUCAUUUUCUACCCA